CAGGAGCCAUGGCGGCCGGGCGGAGGUCAGGCCUGCGUAUUUGUGAGGGGGAUUGCGCCGUCCUGAAGCGGGACGACGUCUUUAAAGCGGUUCCCGUGCUGCGGCGGAGGCCAACUGGCAUAGCAAGAAGCGCCUGCACCCCAGCAGGAAAUACUAAAAAUUAUUUUUGAGAAGCAGUGGUUUUAUCUGGAUAAUGCCAUUGGACAUAUUUAUGGAACUACAUUUGAAGUAACCAGUGGUGGAAACCUCCAACCAAAGCAAGAGGUGGAAGAGACUACCACAGAAACAAAAGAAGCAGGUACAGAUAAUCGUAACAUAGUUGACGAUGGAAAGUCUCAAAAACUGACUCAUGAUGACAUAAAGGCUUUGAAGGACAAGGGUAUUAAAGGACAGGAAAUAGUUCAGCAGUUAAUAGAGAACAGUACAACAUUCAGAGACAAAACAGAAUUUGCUCAAGACAAAUACAUAAAGAAGAAGAAAAAAAAGUAUGAGGCAGUUAUUACAAUUGUAAAACCAUCCACUCGCAUUCUUUCAACAAUGUAUUAUGCAAGGGAACCUGGAAAAAUAAACCACUUGAGAUAUGACACCCUAGCUCAGAUGCUGACCAUAGGAAACGUCCGUGCUGGCAACAAGAUGAUUGUCAUGGAAACGUGUGCAGGUCUCGUGCUGGGUGCCGUGAUGGAGAGGAUGGGAGGCUAUGGAUCCAUUAUUCAGAUGUAUCCAGGAGGAGGACCUGUUAGAGCUGCUACCAGUUGUUUUGGAUUUCCAAAGCAUUUUUUUGAUAAUCUUCAUGAAUUUCCUCUCAGCAAAGUGGAUAGUCUACUCUCUGGAACAAUUUCUAUAGAGGCUCUGCCUUCAGAACCUGAAGAUAAUUUCCUAGUGGAAGAAGAAAGCAAUGGAUUGAGUGAUGAGAAGCAGACUUCCCUCCAGGAAACAGAAGAGGAAUCUACUACUGAAGCAGCUAUGGAGAUCAACCAAACAGAAGAGCAAGAAACAAUGGACAUAAAUGCUGAAGAUACAGAAUUUCAAGACAACAAGGGAAAAGAAAAUAAAGAAAAUGUUCGGGAAAAGCAAAGAAAACAGUGGGAGAGAAGGAAAAAGCUUGUAGAAACUGCUGCUCUGUUGAGAGAGAAGAAUGCUGAUGGCUUAAUUGUAGCCAGCAAGUUUCAUCCCACUCCUUUAUUACUUUCUCUAUUGGAAUUUGUUGCUCCUUCGAGGCCUUUUGUUGUCUACUGCCAGUAUAAGGAGCCAUUAUUAGAAUGCUACACAAAGCUGAGGGAAAGAGGCGGAGUUAUUAACCUAAAGCUGUCUGAAACUUGGCUACGAAAUUAUCAGGUCUUACCAGAUCGAAGCCAUCCAAAGCUGACAAUGAGCGGAGGUGGAGGGUACCUUCUCUCUGGUAUUACUGUUGUCCUGGAUAAAAGCAAAUCCGAUGGCAGUGACUCAGAAGCACUGAAGAUGGAAGAGCCUUCAUCUAAAAGAUGCAAAGUUCAAGACCUUAAUUGUUAACAUUUGAAGAAUUGAUUUGGUUUUGAGAUCUCAGGAGUCCUGCUGUUAGUAAAAUAACAAGUAGACUUUCUGUGUUCUUGACAGAAUGGAAUAGGUGCCUGUCAUACACCUGUCAGCAAAAGGCAGCAUGGGGUAGGGAGGAUUCUCUCACUCUUUACCAGUUUAUCUGAUCAAAAUGAGAACAAAAACCUUUGGAAGCAAACAUCCUACUGAAACGACACUGACUUCAGAAAGUAGAGAAGAUCAAGAGGAGCUUAAAACACCAGUGAAGGCAUAUUCUGUGUUGGUUGCCAAAAGUGGAUGCGAUGAAGUCAUCUUUUCAAAGGUUGGGUCUGAACCAACACACUGCACUUAACUUUCCAUUUUCCUAGAACAGCAUCAGGGUAAAACUUCUACAUGGUGAUCUGCCCCCCUCUUUGAACACAGGACCCACCUGUGUUCAGUACUUAAAGGAAGCAGAAUAAACAGCUAAGAAAACACACUUUUCUUUACAAAGAAACAAUAAAAAGCAAAUACUAAUACCAGAACUUUACAGCACGACCCCAUGUUUUCCUGAAAAAAAGUAAAGGGAAUAGAGAGUUUAUGUUCAUAAAUUAAAAUAUCAAAUAUUUAAACAGAAUGCCUGUCAUUUUCCUGAAAGUUAUUACAUGUUUUUAAGAUGCGACUAUUUUGAAAACUGCUCUGUGUAUAUAUAUUUAUUCCACUGUUUUAUCUUUCAUGAUGUGUAGCUUUUCUAUAAUUUUUUUUAACUUCGCAUUUGCCAUUUCAAUUAAAAUCAGGAUGUCUUUUCCUAAUGAUAUUUAUUUUCUUUUUCUUACUUUUUCCUCUUUUUGGGAGUAAAAAGGUUUAGGAGAGUCUUCAGGAGGAGAAUACUCCUUAAGUGUACUGGCUGUACCCCAUUGAACCUUUAGUCCCAUAUGUGAGCUUCUGGAACCAGCAUGUCUUGGCUUUCAUUCUUGAACUUACUUGUUGGGGGAAUCUGGAGCUUUGGGAUCAAGAAUUCAUACUUCAUAAAGCUGUAAAAUUCUGUAUAUUGGUAAGAGUAAUGCUCCUUUAGGACACCAUUAGCUCAAAACACAUAGGAAUUAUGUUUUUUGUAAAGCAGCAGUUCAAGAUUUCUGUUGGAGGGGAGCAGGUAUGGUUUAUCUUCAGGUUUUUGUCUACCUCUGUUCUGUUCUUUGUAAACUUCCCAUCUUCACUUUCUAUUUUUCUGGAAAGUUUUUCUCCUCUUACUUGGGUGAAAAACCCAUAAAUGUAGAGAUUGUGGGUUUCACCAUCUCUGCAUUCCAGCAAGCAUGUGGGUAUGAAAAACAUGCUUUGCCUCACUCUCCUUUCUGACCAGGGAGUGUUGGAAUUCAUGCAUAGGGAACAGAAAGGUGAUGGGUGCAUCCUGUAAGAUCUUAAUGUAAGUUGAAAUAAUGGAUGUAAUGAAAAGCUGAAGAGACAAAAGGAGGGUGAGGAAGAGGCAGGUGAUGCUUGCAUACCUGUAAUUAGUCUCCAUAAAGUGUAGUUCAGGAACCUGGUAAUCCCUGAAGCUUCAGGCAGGAUGUCCAAGGACUCCUUUGUGGAGGUAUAAAAGAACAAUACCAAUAAGAAAUGGGUAUUGUUUAAUUUUGGUCAGUGAUGUGCAGAUAAGGAGUAGGGAAGGGCAGUCUUUUAAACCAGAGGUGGUUUCCUUAAGGUAGGAUGAACAUUAGGAACACUGAGUUUCGCAGACACUGUCCCUUUGAAGAGGAGAGGGAUAGAACAUGAUUUGGAUGAAGUGCCAACUUCCACCUGGGCUCACAUGGGGCUGGCAAGUUAUGUGACAGCAGGAGCAGGGCCAGGGCCUGCUCUGGUAAAGGCAUCCCUGUGCUUAAGAGACUCAGGAGCUGGUUUAUUCCCACCUUUAGUCACAGAGCAGAACACAAAACUCAGCAAAUGCACUGAAAACAGGAGCUGAUCGGACAAAACAAGUAGUUACUGUUCCUGUGUUUGACUUUUUAGUGUAGUUUUCUACGCAUCAAAUUUAACCACCAUUAACCAGGGGUGCAUGGACCAGAAAUAAGACAACACUUCUUCAGAAGCCAGAACCACUGUUUCUGCUUCAUUUGAUUUCCUGGAACAAGGUUAUGUACUUGAUGAUCUCAGAGCUCUUUUCCAACCUGGCUAAUUCUGUGAUUCUCUAAUACACCAGUGUUUGUUUUAAAUUGUAUCACCUUGUUUCAAUGCCCAAAGCAGGUGAUUUGCCUUUAAAUAAUGCAAAUUAGUGUAAAUUUAAAAAAAAGAUCUAGUUUUAGCUAUCAAAAAGUCUUGAAUAGACAGUGCAAAUGUGUAGGUAAAAAUGGAGCAGGCAGAGUGGUCCAAAUAGCUCCUCAGCUCUCAGUGCUGUGGCAGCAGCCCUGCAGAGCAAGACAGAAGGACAAGAGAUACAAGGGCUGUUGCAAAGUUCUUAGAAGCCACUGAAUGAUAAUUGGUUUAAAAGUUUUUCAAGGUACAUGUUUUUUAAGCAAAAUGUUAUUGGAAAAAAACCAAAACCACCAUUGCUGAAGUUGCACACUUGACCAAUUUAGAAGGUUUCCUGUACUACAGAUAAAGAUAUUUGCUUCUAGGUGCUCACAUGCUUUCUUUCAUGCCAGCUGGUGGCAAAAAGCUACAACGCUGCAACACUGAAUUGUAUAAUACUGUAAUUUGAAGACAGCAAACAAAUUCUGCAGCUGGGACACUUUCUGACUUUCCUACUGUUGCUGCAGAAGCCUGGUGAAGCAAGGGUCUUCCUGAAGUCAAAACUGUGUCAGUGUCACGGAGCCAGGACUGAUCUCCACCUCCAUGAACCGAACAAGAUGAAACAUUUGAGUGGUCUUACCAAAACCUUUAGGCAGAGACGUGCUCACACAGUUCAAGGAUUAGUAUCUCUGAGUGUUUUCAGUUCAUUAUGCCCUACAGUUAAUUGGAGAGUAUGUAUAUGUUCUAAUAAGCAGGUGGAUUAAAUGGGUUAAGCUGGGAUCAUGGGUACUGUGCAUUUGCUGACAGCAUGACUCAGGUGCCACACAAAGAAUUCAGCUCUCUCCUCGUGUGUAGUUACACAAGCACCAGAAGACACUUGCAGCAGGAAGUCUGUAAAAAAACCCACAUUUGGAUAAAUUAAACUGAACUGAACUCCAGGUAUUUGGAGUAAGAUAAUUGUUGUAAGGUUACCAAAUGGCUCCUCCCACACGCCACCCGCUCACUCCCCGCAGCAUCAGUACCACUGAGUACCCAGCGCCCCUCCUGCCUCCAGCUCCUUGGCUGCUGAGAAACUCACCCUGUGGAAGAUCCUCCCUGCUCCAGUGCAGUGCUCACACCAGCACCUGCCUCCCUGCAGUAAGUGGAAAGAGGCAUGGUCAAGAGGAGAUGAAACUGACGGAACCACUGAGACCAAAUUAGCAGCAGAACCGACCCACUACCAAACGAGUUGGUUCUGAAGCACCACCUGCCUUCCAAAUUCACAAGCAUCCACUUGGUGUUGCAACCUCUUUGCUCCCUUACUGACCUUGUUUCCAGAACUAAAUAAUUCAUGGAAUGUUUCCAAGUUACUGGAGCAAGUUAAUCGGGAUUCUUUCUUACCUCAUGCUCCUGCUAACUGGCAAAUAGAAGGCACAGAUAUGCUCCUUGUAACUAAAAAAUAAAAUAAAAUACUGGUGAACC